AUGUCCCAAGGUGUGUUUUCCGUUGUCCCGCAAGAAAUAACUCUAAUCCUCCACCAAGACCACUACAAUCAGGAAAUGGCAAACUACCCCCACUCAAUUCCAACUCCUCCCUUCUCACCACAUGUUGCGAUCCCUCACCCACCCGACCAUCCCCUGCGAUCCACCGCAAAUCUCCUCGAGUCCCUCGUCUCCUUCUACCAGCAAGAGCGCAUGUGGGUCUAUCGCACAAGGGCAGAGCUCGAGGAAGAGGCCCUACAAACACAACCCAGCGAUUGCAGCAGCAUCGACCAGAUGCGAGGCGCCGGCAUGUCCACGCUGCCUUCACCAUCGCCAUCGACUUCGCUCGGGGGAAGGGAGAUGCCCCCCGAUAGUUUCUCCGUCAAGACGGAAUCAGAGGAUGCAUCCCGCCCAACAUCCCCGUCCCCGUCCAACACUCGUUGGAACAAGCGCAAACGAGCAUUCAAGCUGAAGCUCGAUAAUCUAGCGCCAAAACCAAAGCGUGCCUAUGUCCCUCGCCCAACGACGGAGGAUGCUUCGCAGCCUAGCGUUCGCAUUUUGGAGAUGUACGAGAGCAUGAUGGCCGCUCGUAUGGAAAGCUGUCAGCGAAUCAAUCGCCUCAUCAGAGACGCCAACCGAGCCGAUCUGCACCUGCGAUGA